UCUCAGUUUAUUAUUCAAAUAUUUUACUAAGUACCAUUUAUGAACGAUGAAUCUCAAGAUUUUUGCCCACAUUGUGAAUCAAUAUUGCCAUUACCUGUUAAUACAGAUAUUUUGAAAUGUCGAAAUUGUACUUAUCAAAUUAAUUUGCUUAAUUAUAGCAAAAAGUCUGUUAAAUAUAUUUUAAAUAUCAAUGAUGUGAACAAUUUAAAAUACAUGAAAAACAAAUCUGAAGAGCAUUUUGGGCCAUUAGUUGAUAGAGUUUGUCCUAAAUGUGGAAGCAAAAAAAUGUCAUACACUACACAACAAACUCGUUCAAUUGAUGAGGGGCAAACAAUAUUUUAUAUUUGUCCUAAAUGCAAAUAUCAAGAAUCUGAAUAUUCAUAAUGGUAUUUGGGCCUAAAGAUUACAAAAUUAAAUAUAUUUAUUUUUUAAUUAACUUGUUGCAAUAUUUUUAUAAAUUAGAUCAAAUAAAAAGUUUUUAACAUC